AUGGGAGAAGAGAUCAGCACGAGCAGGACAUGCAAGCCGUCGAAGACCUUCAAGGCCAAGUGUAGCCACAUGGUGAAGAAACAGCGAGCCAAGUUUUACAUCCUUGGCCGUUGUCUAGCCAUGUUAGUCUGCGGGCGUGACCGUGACCGCGACCGAGACCGUAAUUUGAUUUAG